CUCAGAAUAUGAAAAAGAAGGGCCCGGGCUUGUUAAUCCCUUCCAUGGGGGAAAUCAGUUUUGCAGACCUACAGGUAUAUCAGGGGCAGCAGAGCACUUUGUAAAGGAUUUUAUAAGGCAAUGCAAGGGCAGUAAGUCUCUGUCUGCAAAUUCCUAAAGCGGGUGUAUUUGUAUUGAGUGAGUAACUGGAACCAGAUGGAGUCUGGAAACCUUUAUAUUUACACAGGACCUGAGGGAAAGAGGCGUCUAAGACUGGAGAAUUUCAGCUUUUCAAGGAGGUCGCCACUGAGUGCAAAGGUUUCAGGGCACAGCUGGCCAGGAGCUUCAUUGUAAGAAGCUGCGUGUGGUCUGUCUUCAUCUCUUGGGAUGUGCUCUGGGGACGUGGGCACUAGUUAAUCUGAAAGGUGAUAGUGAAAGGUGCUGAGCAGCGUGGGAGCUGAGGACAGUCAGCACUGAGCAGGAUUGGGCCCUUAUGUGUGUGAGCAUCAAGUUCAUUUGCUCCAAUCCCUCGGAUAGAGACAAGCACCUACAAGAUCUCUAUCAAGCAUUCUUAAAACUACAAUACCCACCUGCUGAAGUGAAAAAACAGAUUGACAGAGCCAGACGAGUACCCAGAAGUCACCUCCUACAAGACAGGCCCAACAAAGAAAAUAACAGAACACCUCUAGCUGUCACCUUCAGCCCCCAACUAAAACCUCUCCAGCGCAUCAUCAGAGAUCUACAACCUAUCCUGAAAGAUGAUCCUUUACUCUCACAGAUCUUGGGAGACAGACCUGUCCUCGCUUACAGACAACCCCCCAACCUAAAGCAAAUACUCACCAGCAACCACAAAUCACUGCACAAAACCACUAACCCAGGAACCUAUCCUUGUAACAAACCCCGAUGCCAACUCUGUCCACAUAUCUAUUCAAGUGACAUCAUCAUAGGACCUAAUCACAUCAGCCAUACCAUCAGGGGCUCGUUCACCUGCACAUCUACCAAUGUGAUAUAUGCCAUCAUGUGCCAGCAAUGCCCCUUUGCCACGUACAUUGGCCAAACCGGACAGUCUCUACGCAAAAGAAUUAAUGGAUACAAAUCUGACAUCAGGAAUCAAAAUACUCAAAAACCAGUGGGAGAACACUUUAACCUGUCUGGUCAUUCAGUGACAGACCUGCGGGUGGCUAUAUUACAACAGAAAAACUUCAAAAACAGACUCCAACGAGAGACUGCUGAGCUAGAAUUGAUAUGCAAACUAGACACAAUCAACUCCGGUUUGAAUAAGGACUGGGAAUGGCUGAGCCAUUAGAAUCAAUGUUUGUAUCUCCCCUUGUAAGUAUGCUCACACUUCUUAUCAAACUGUCUGUACUGGGCUAUCUUGAUUAUCACUUCAAAAGUUUUUUUUCUCUUAAUUAAUUGGCCUCUCAGAGUUGGUAAGACAACUCCCACCUGUUUAUGCUCUCUGUAUGUGUGUAUAUAUAUCUCCUCAAUAUAUGUUCCAUUCUAUAUGCAUCCGAAGAAGUGGGCUGUAGUCCACGAAAGCUUAUGCUCUAAUAAAUUUGUUAGUCUCUAAGGUGCCACAAGUACUCCUGUUCUUCUUUUUGCGGAUACAGACUAACACAGCUGCUACUC